AAUUCCGCACCCAAACACGAAACCAAGUCCAUCAUGACAAAACAAUGCCUAUGUGAAGACAAUCAGCGAAUGGAAAAGUCAAAUCACCACAUUCAUCUUCGAAACACCAUUGCGUCGUUUUCUUGGCACGCAACUCUAUAUAUAUCCCUUCACCUGCCCUUGCAAGCGCACACAUAUUCACACUGCAAACUCCCUCUCAUCAAGAAAACAAACACACUUCAGGAAAAGAAGUGGCAUAACUACACUCAGAAAACACCUUCCUGUGCUGCGAAAAUGAGAACAAUUUGCUGGGAGCCAAAAACGCAGUCGUUCGCCUUUUCCCGUCACACUUCGGCACCGAGUUCAUCUCUAUCCACAACACCUUCUACCAGCACCAAGGAAAACAUGGUUUCCACUAGCAUAGAGGAAGCAGAAGCUCUGAUACUAAAAUGGGACCCUGAAACCUCCGCGUACGGAAGAGUAACCUCUCUCUUCUACAACGACAAAGCUGAGGCCAUGCACUACAUCCACUGCGUUAACCAACUUCAAAAAACCAUGCACGCCUUGCUUGCAGAGAACCCGUCUUCACGGAAACUCGUCCUCGCUCAAAAACUGAUGCAAAUGGCCAUGAAGAGGCUACAGAAAGAGUUCUACCAGAUGUUAUCCAUGAGUCGGGCCCACCUUGACCCCGAAUCCGUCUCCGCCAGAUCCUCCACCACCUCUAGAUCCUCUUUCUGUUCCGAUAGCUUCGACGAAGGCACGGCGGAAGACGACGUUCGCGACACAGGAGAUUGUAUCUCCGAAGUCGAACGCGUUUCCUCUGAAACCGUGGCGGUUCUCAAAUCCAUUGCCGACUGCAUGGUUUCCAACGGUUACGGCAAGGAAUGCGUCAACGUUUACACGACGAUGAGAAAAUCGAUCGUCGACGAAGGCGUUUAUCGCCUCAGCGUGGAGGAAUUGAGCGCGUCGAAGGUGAAUAAGAUGGACUGGGAAGUGCUCGAGUUGAAAAUCAAGGGUUGGUUAGAGGCGGUUAAGAUCGCUGUGAGGACGCUCUUCGCUGGAGAGAGGACCCUCUGCGAUCAAGUGUUCGGUGCGUCACAGUCCAUCGCGGAAGCUUGCUUUGCCGAAAUUUCGAGAAGCGGAGCCGCUGUGCUGUUCGGAUUCCCCGAUCUCGUUGUGAGAACGAAAAAAUCCCCGCCGGAGAAGAUCUUCCGGAUAAUUGAUAUGUACGCCGCGAUGGCUUCGCUUUGGCCGGAGAUUGAAUCGGUAUUCUCGUACGAUUCAACAACCGCGUCUAGAUCGCAAGCCUACGCUCUACUUCUCCGACUCUCCGAGUCCGUACAAACGAGUUUCUUCGAAAUUGAGACCGCAAUUCAGAAAGACUCUUCAAAACCGGUUUCGAAGUUCGCCGGCGUCCACCCCCUGACAGUACAAGUAAUGAAUCACUUGUCUACACUCGCGGAUUACAGCAACGUGCUCUCUGAAAUUUUCCUCGACGUCCCGCAGCCAUCGAGGUCACCGUUGCCGGAAUCUUACUUGUACAGUCCACGAUCUGACAACUCCACGACAACGGGGACGGAAUUCUCGGUGCAGAUGGCGAGGCUGAUUCUAGUCCUUCUUUGCAAGAUCGACGGCAAAUCGAGGCAUUGCAAGGAGGUUUCGUUAUCUUACCUGUUUCUCACGAACAAUCUCCGGCACGUGGUAGCCAAGGUCCGAACCUCGAACUUGCUUUACGUCGUCGGCGACGACUGGGUUCUGAAUCACGAGGCAAAGGUGAAGCAGUUGAUGACAAGCUACGAGAGAGUAGCAUGGGGCAAAGUGCUUUCGUCUUUGCCCGAAAAUCCAGCGGCGGAAAUGUCGCCGGCGGAAGCGAGGGUUAUGUUCGGGAAUUUCAAUUUAGAAUUCGAGAAAGCUUACCGGAAAGAGAACGCGUUUACCAUUCUGGAGCAGGAAUUUCGUGAAGAGACGAAGGCGUCACUCGCAAGAAAAAUAAGCCCUAUUUACCGCGAGAUGUAUGAAACGCUCCGCAAUUCGGUGGGAUCGGCGAGAGAAAUGAGAGAGUAUGUCAUAUUUACCCCUGAAGAUGUUGAGAAUUACAUGCUGAAUCUUUUUUCUGCGGGAAGAUCAAGCUCUAUCACUGAAGAAAACAGUUCAUUUUUUGUAAGAAAAAAAUUCUGUAAGAAAUGCAAAUGAAAAGUGUCUCAUUACACAAUGGUGCAAUGAUUCUAUUUGGAUCCUCUUAUUCAUCAUUGUUCACAUGAUAGGGUUACAACUUACAAUUACAUAAGGGAGACGCUCAUUUUUUCCAGAGGGAAGAUAAAAAGGUUCCAAUGAUGGGCUCAUUUUUUCCAGAGGGAAGAUAAAAAGGUCCCAAUGAUGGGGUAUGGGAGUUUCAAGUUACAUGAGUAUCACUGGUGCAGUAGAUUUCUGAGUGUAUUGUGGAUAUUGUGAAUUAUUCUUUUUAUUGUGUUUAAAA